AUGCUCAAGAGGCAGAAGGCCCGUGAGCGCCGUGAGGAGGAAUUGCGGAAGCUAAUUAAGGAGGUUGAAGAUGCGGUGAGCCCACGCGAGACGCUUCGUGCCUUUCGACGCCCGGAGACUUCCAGGCCACUUGCAAAGCAAGCCAAGCAAGCCAAGCAGGUGAGUCCAGAGGACAGGGUGGAUAAGGUGAGGAAGGACAAAGCUCCUCGAGUGGAGUGGCAACGAGAAGAACGACAAGAGGAAGCCGAUCUGCCGCCGGCAAAGCGACCCAAGGAGCAAGGACGCUACGAACGGGGCUCCGUUCUUGAAGCGUUUUCCAGACCGGACAAGGGCCCACAACAUGGAGGAUGA